GUCCGUCGACAGCGACGACGUGCCCCCACCGCCGCAAGCGCCGUGGUGGCCGCCGGUCCCGCGGGACGAGCCCGCCUGCGGGUGCGGCAGCGCCCUGCGCGCGUUCGAGGCGGCGGGCGCGCUGAGGGGCGAGCUCUCCAGCGGCUGCCUGGGCGCCGUAGCGCGCAUCCAG